GUGGGAAGCGCUUUCGAUCACGUUCGUCCUCGAUCUCGUUCUCUCCAAAGUCUCCUAGUCCCCAUCAGGUCUCAUCGAAUUCAAGAUUGAGGAGCUACAAAGGCGCUACGAGCCUGAACAAUGGAACGUGAUUGGAGGACUUCUGUGACAUUCUUGAAGCCGGAAUGUUAGAGAGAAGCCAAAUUCUCCGCAAAGAUUCGAGCCCCAGACGAGUAAUUACCACUCGGGAUGAUCACCAUCACAGAUACAUAUCUCUACGCCCCUGAUCGGUCUUCCCGCCCAACAAUCCGUCGCCUUGCUGGGUCCGCAGACUCUCCUCGGCCUCGAUCAUGAACCUCUCUCUGCCCUCAUGGUCAAAAGCCUUUCCGAACCAUAGUUGCGUGCGACCGUUCCUGAUCUCCUCGAUGACCUCACCCAGCUCUCGGCCCUUGUAAUCCUUCACAAAACGACUCGAACACAUCAGCAACCACGUGUUGGCGAGCGUUUCUGGGUUGCGAAGCAUUCUCGGAUUCCCCAAAUGCCAGAACAUCAACGACACCAUUGCCACCAUCAUGAUGGCCAGGAUGAUCACACUGAUCAACGAGCUGUAGAACGAGACAUCCUUGACCUGGCCAUAGUUAUAUGGCACACCCGCAAUGAGAAUCAAAAGCACGUACGACAGGACGGUCGUGAAUGCGAUGAACGCAUGGUACCAGUUUCGAUGCCACAAGGCCUUGAAGACGACGGUGAACGGAACGCCGUGAAGGUGGCCGGUACACAGAUACCGAGAAACUGCGGCAGACUGGUCAUCACGAAGUUGUCGGUACGGCACCAUUGUUCUGACCUUCAACUCAACCAUUUCCCAGAAAGGGUUGAAGAGGAAGGAGAUGAGGACGGUCAUGAAGAAUCGAGGUCCGAAUCUUGUUCCAUCUAGAAACUUCCACUUGACCGCGGUCAGGUGCUUGCUGUGGUCUGACCCGAGUAGGUUGAUUGCAUAGAUGUCGUUCCCGGAAACGACAAAGGAAAGAAUGACCCCGAAGAGGGCCACGUGGAGGAUCGUAACGACGAGUAUCUGUGCAGUCCCCCAAGGCAGUCGAGCGAGCCAGGAUGAAGGCGCACUACCGGCUGAAGCAGCUGCUUGCACCUCCGAUCCUAGGUCGCGGCUGGAUUCCUGGCCGUUACUGGAGUCGUUGUCAGGUUGUUCAUUGUGCCGCACGACGACGCUGACCACAUCCUCAUUGUCCCGGGAAUGGACUUCAUUGAACAUCAAGAGUUUGUGUUUCAGCUUCGCCUCUACAUCGUGGACUUUGGCUUUUGGCUCGAUGCUUCGCAGCGUAUUCGCGAGGUCCUCUGAAUUGCCCAACAGCCAUGCCAUGGAAGCUAUGCUGCAAGGAUAUGAGAGAAGGCCACUUGGGCGGCUCCAAUUCAGCCAAAUCAACGCCGCGACCAGAAUUCCCGAUAGCACGAGGGUUGUCUGAAGGCUCCGAACGACGGCAAGAUCAACCACCCAAACUGGAUCGCAAAGCUUUCGUCCUUUCUUGGUAUCGCAAGAUGCUCCGGCUUGUACAGUCAUCGCCUCUGACGCGAUCGAGGCCUGGACGCUGAACAGGAUACUCAAAACAGUCGUCAGGAACAUGACCCAUUGCUUGUUCAGAGGGUUGAGGUAUGACCAGUCGAUGCCUCCUUUGAGAUUGGGUCGCAGCACAGACGCCUUUGCCGUUACCGGUGAACCUUUUGCAAGCUGGUAGAAGGGUUCCAUCAUCUGUGCAGAGGCAAAGACGACGCUCCAGAAGCUUUUGAACAGCACUGACAUUGUCACAGGAGCAAAUGUGGCUCCUGCGAGGACGAUGUUGGUGACAUUGACGGGCAAUCCCAGAUGAUUAGGGUUGCCAUCGUGAAUGGGUCGAGUUCCUUGUCCAUCUGAACCUACACCCGAGCCUGGACCUGAGACGGACCCAGAGGUCCCCGAACCAGGGUCAGAUCCGCUAUCUGCGCGUGACCCAGUUGGCUGGGGAUACUCAGACAGAGCCUGCGCAGUAGCACUAGUACCUGCAUCUUUACUAGAUAAGUUUGCUGUAUGAUCGCUGCUAUUGGUUGGCGAAGCCAAUUCUGCUGCUGCAACAUCAGUCUUUUCAUCACCUGCAGGCUGUGUCUCUAUGGCAGAGGCAGAUGUAGCGCUCAGAGAGUUCGGUUCAUUGCUUGUCGCCGUUGCUGUGGGAGUGGACGCGUCUGAGACGACCGCAGACGAAGCCGACGAUGCUGACAAUGCUGUCAAGGCUGAGGCGCUAGCUGCACUUGAAGAGUCUGUUGCUGUCUGAGAAUUCACUCCAUCGCUAGCAGUAGCUGCAGCUGCCAAUGAAGCUGAAGAGCCUGUUGCCACCGAGUUCAACAAUACGGAAGAAGCUGACGCCAAAAGUGUUGUUGCCACUGAUGAAACUGAUACCGGUGAUGUAGCAGUGGAAGGCAAGGUAGUAGCCGAUGCUGAAGACUCUGUCACUGUCGAUCCGGCAGCUGCUGGUGUUGCUAUCGAGUUCGUUUUCGCUGCCGAGUCCGUUGUCCCUACUACACCAGAGAUUAUUGAAGCUGGUGCUAAAGCUGAAACAUCUGUUGUCAAUGAAGCAUCAAAUGUUGUCUUUGAGCUCAACAGAGCUGAAGUUUCUGGUCCUACUGCAGUAUUCGUUGACGCCUCGGUUUCUGAUGCUGCCAAGGUAGUAGUUGAUGUCAAGGAGUCUAUCAAGAUGGAAGAGUCUUGAAGACCCGAGGAUUCCGUUAUGGUUGGAUCGUUUUUCGAUGUGGAUGAUGCAGCCAGUCCUGUCGCAGCAGUGACUAGAGAUCAUGGUGCGCUUGACGCUAGUCCCGUACUUCCAGAAGCUAGAAUUAAAGAAGACGCCAAUGUUGAUGCAUCCGACCGCGCAAGAGUAGCACUCUCAGACUCAGACGCAAUCUCAGAUAUAUCUGAUGCAGAGCUGCUACUUGAACUUGUGAGAGGAACCACAAACGUGGUUGAGCUGUUCACUAGACUCGAUAUUGUUGUAUCAGGAGCGGUGGCAAGCACAUCAGAGGAGACGGUGGGAGAAGUGCGGAGUGAGGUGGUAUUUGUUGGUGUGAUAUAAAUCGUGCUGGACUCUGUUUUGUCAAGUGUCACAAUCGAAGUCACGCUUUCAGUCGACGAGGUGAUGAUUGGGGACGUUCUGGAAGUGCUAGUAAGAUCGAUGAUAUCGGAAGCUAUCGAAGUCGUAUUGCCAGAGGAGAUACUCCCAAAGUCACCAGUUGAAGUACCACGUAACGCUGUACUAGAUGCAACUAGUAACGAGCUUGUGGUCACACUCAUCGUGGUCAAGAUCAAGCUUGUACUGUUGGAGAAAGUAGUGGAUGCCGAAGAUAUGAGCGUCUCAUUGAACCUAGAAAUUGGCAUCGUUGCGCUCUUAGAUAUACUUGUCGUAAAGGUGAGAAAACCUGAGCUAGUACUGAGCGCUGUGAUGCUCAAUAUCGGGGUGGUAACGGCCUCAUGUGCUCUAGAAGUUGUAUUUUGAAACUUCGGUGUGGGGGUAAUUGAAAUCGUGGCCCUGCUAGACCUUGUUUCGGAUAAAGAAGCAGCAUUUACCGUUGUUGGUAGUAUCGAAUUUCCUGCUAUUGGCGUUGAUGGCGCAGUAGUAGUUGUCACAAUGUAGCUACGACUCGUCG